ACACACUGCAGGGAGGGGGAGCGCGCACGCUCCGAAACAACACACGCACUGCAGGAAGAGGCUGCACACACACACUCACGCACUCAACACAUACACUCAGAAACACACACGCUCAGAAAUACUCAGCCAAGUUGCGCGUUUGUGGACGAAAACUAUUGAAAAGAAAGAAAAAAAAGUCUCUUUGGACCCAGAUUUUCUUUCCCCAGACUGAGGACCAAACCCUCCGCUGUACAUGUCCGGGGGAACAGAGAGGCAGCGGGAAAAUGAAGAUCCCCUCACCGGAGUGAGCUCCUGCGAUGCUCAAGCGACCCGUAAUUGCUUUUGUAAGGCCCGCAGAAGCUAAGGACGGGGCGUCAUUGACAGACGGCGUUGCGCUGCUGAGCUGCCGACAUGGCGCUGGUUCAGGCUCUGCCCAUCUCUGCUGAGCCCCACAACCCCGGUCUCAGCGGAGGCGCUCGCAGACGGCGCCAAUCCGGCCCGUCACCCCCCCUCAACCCGCCACCGCCCACCACCGCUCUGGAUCCUAUGGGCUCUGUGGGGAGCCUCAUCAGCAGCCGUCCGGGUCUCUACCAGGACCAGCGGUCCGGCGUGGAGCUGGGGACUCGCGGCCACUGGCUUGGCUCCGACUCGCCUCAGGAUUCGCCGCUGCAGAGCGCCCCACCGCUGAGGAAUCAAAGCUGUACGGCGUCCGGCAGGGGGCUGGAGAAGGAGGGCGGGAACGGGAACUACACCUAUCUGAACCAGGAUUAUGUGGGCGACUGGAAUGACAACCAUGUGACGUCUGGCAGCCCGACGAGCGAGGCGGAUGAGACGAAAGAAGGGCUGGGUUUGAACGGGAAUGUGGGGGGGCCGCCUCCGAAGCUCAUCCCAGUGUCGGGAAAACUUGAGAAGAACAUGGAGAAAACAGUGCUCCGACCCACUGCCUUCAAACCAGUCAUUCCCAAGAGCCGCGCCUCCAUGCAGUAUCUCUCCCCUCGCCACUGUGCCAACGUAGCCGAAAGCCAAAACAACCUGAACUUGUUGAGCCCGGCUCACCGAGACGCGUCGCCCUCCUGCUCCGAGAGACGCAGCUCGUACAGCAGCGGGCGGAACGUUGGCGGCGGCGGCGGCAGCCAGUCCUGCUCGCUGUCCGACUCGGGCCGCAACUCCCUCUCCAGCCUGCCGCCCUACAGCGGCGCCAGCUACAGCCUGGCGUCCGGGGAGGCGGGGGCAGGACACGUGGAGCCAACAAAGAGCGCCCCUCUGGUCGGCACGCACGGACACUCCAACUCGGACAGCGGGCGCUCGUCCUCCAGCAAGAGCACGGGCUCGGGGUCGAUCAGCGGCCGCGGACAGCCGCUGUCGGACAGCGGGUCCGGCGGGCGCUCUCCCGGCCCGGUGGAGGGCUACGAAGGCGUGGUGAGGGACCUGGAGGACAAGCUGAGGGAGCGGGAGCUGGAGCUGCAGCAGCUCAGAGACAACCUGGACGAGAACGAGGCUGCGAUAUGUCAGGUUUAUGAGGAGAAGCAGAAGCGCUUCGAGCUGGAACUGGAGGAGUUGAGGCAGAGCUGCGCCACCAGGAUGCAGUCCGCCUCGCAGAAAGCCCAGCGAGCGCAGCAGGUGCUCCAGCUGCAGGUUUACCAGCUGCAGCAGGAGAAGAAGAAGCUGCAGGAGGACUUCGCUCAGCUUCUGAAGGAGCGAGAGCAGCUGGAGGAGCGAUGCACUUCUUAUGAGCACGAGAAGAUCCAGCUGGGGCCUCGGCUGGAGGAGACCAAAUGGGAGGUCUGCCAGAAGUCGGGAGAAAUCUCUCUGUUGAAGCAGCAGCUGAAGGAGGUGCAGGGCGAGCUGGCCCAGCGCGUGGGGGAGAUCGUCUCCCUGCGGGGUCAGCUCAGGGACACCCGCGGCGAGCUGACCAACGCCCAGGUGCAGCUGCAGGAGGCCAACGGCACGGCGCGCACUCGCACCCUGGAGCUGGAGGUGUGCGAGAACGAGCUGCAGCGCCGCAAGAGCGAGGCGGAGCUGCUCAGGGAGAAGGUGGGGCGCCUGGAGGGCGAGCUCUCCCACCUCAGAGACGCCCUGGCCAAUCAGGGCCCGGGAAACAGACAGUGCCAGGUGUUCCAGGAGGACGAGGAGCGCCUGCUGGCCUACGAGAGCGACGAGGCCAAGGCGCAGCGGCAGAGCGGCGGCGAGGCGCUGCAGAACAUGAAGGCGCAGAUGGACCGGAUGAGGUCCGAGCUGGCCUUCGAGCGGCAGAGGGCCGAGGAGCAGACGGGGAGCUUCGAGGAGGAGCGCAAGGUGUGGCAGGAGGAGAAGGACAAAGUGAUCCGCUACCAGAAGCAGCUGCAGCAGAACUACGUGCAGAUGUACCGCAGGAACCGAGAGCUGGAGCAGCUGCUGCAGGAGCUCAGUCUGGAGCUGGAGAGCCGAGAGGACGACGAAGGCAGCGGCAACGAGAUCAACUUCGAUGAGAUUGCUGCCACGGAAAUUUAAAUUUCACCCUCUGCUCCUUUUUUUUUUUCUUUUCCUUGCACUACUGUCAUCAAAGUCUAAUUCCCCGAAUCGUAUCACAAGUCUGUGCUGUCCAGAUGAAAACAAGCGGUUUGUUAACACGUUCCAUAGAUUUCAAAACAUGCAGCCAAACUACAUCUGACGAAGUCUCACUUAAAUCGCAGUUGAUCCAAUGUUUGCACUCCUCCGUCGUCGGUCGUGUCGGUGUUUGCGCUGACUGCACAUCAGUCUCAUUAGUUCAUGGGCCUCUUUCGCUGCAUGUAAAUAAAUAUCUUCUGCCAUCCUGUCGUCACCGUCCUCCGGUGUCACUCGUGACUCCGCCUCCCCUGCUGGCUUCAGCAUUUCACUCCCACUCCCGUGUUCGCAGUCGGCGCUCGUUAGCCGGCUCCAUUUGGACGAGGCCCACGCCGUCGUCGGUUGACAGUGAACGUGGGAUCCCACACAUUCAGCGUGUCAUGAGUGGAAGGCGUGAAUCAGAGCGAGGCGGAGACGAUGUGAACCGAGUCGUGUUCGCUCAGAACUACUCUGACCUUUCUGCAAACUGCAAAACCUAAUUAUCCAAACACACGUGGCACAAGAAAGCAAAUGUUUCCACUCUUCUGAUGUGAGUAGCAGCCAGGCGGCUGUAGUGGUUCGCCCUUCAUGCUCUGAAGGCUUGGAGGCCUUGAUGCACAGUGGUGGAGGAGCGUGCACGGACACCAUCCGAAGCAUCAUCCACCUUUGCAACACCUUCAGGCUUUAAUAUUAGUGGA